UCACGAUAAAUUUGAAACUAGUUUUCCAUCGUUGUAAACAAGUUUGAAAGAUGUUAGUUAUAAACAUAGAUUGGUUUCAUCAAUCGGAUAUUCAUACUUAGAUGAUAAACUGAAGAUGAAUCAAAAAUAAAGUUGAACGAAGAUGAAAUUAGGAAAUAUACAGGAUGAUCCACAAGUAACUGGGCAGUAUUUGAUUGCGAAUAACUUUUCAUAGGAAUGAGAUAGAGAUCUGAAGUUUUCACCGUUUGAAAGAGGAGAUGAAGAUGCAUCAAGUCUUAUGUUAUAGGUUUUUCUAAGAUGUUUUCUAGAGUUUUCUUAAUCAUUUUUCUAAGAAAAUUGCCGGAAAAAAAAGUUUCUUGUAAAAUAAGAAAAAUGCAGAAAAGGGAUUUUUUUUCACAGAAAUGAAUAGAAAAAUCGACUCAGAAUUUCUAGUAGAAUACCUAGAACUUGUGAAGAAGUAACUCUCAAAGUCUGGCCUUUACACGAUUUUGUAGAUCUUCGACUAGCAGUUCGAAUGCAUAUCUAAUCAUGACAAAUGCAGUCUAGUCAUCUUACAGAAUACUUUGCUUUUCAAAAACGUCAAUUAAAGUCCUCGAAAAAAAAUUAAGUUAAAUUAUCUUGUAUGACACAGUCGUAUGCGUCUUCAUUUCUUCUUUCGAAUGGUCAAAAGCACAGCUCUUUAUCUUGUUCCUAUCAAAAGUUAUUCGCAAUCAAAGACCACCCGAUUACUUUUGGAUCACUCUAUAUAUAUUAAAUUGAAUAUUACAGAGAUUCAAAUGAAGUGGAAAUAUUUGGUGAUCGUCGUGUUAUAAUAUCUUCAUCAAAAUGUAGUUCACAUCGUUUAAGUCGGUCUCCAAAUAAUAAAUCACAUGAAUCGUCAUCUCGUUAUCAUCAAUCAUGUUAUACUAUUUUGUCCGGACCUGAUAAUCCAAGACAAUUAGUAGAUUGUCAAAUAAUUCUUGUUAAUCCUCGUCAAAGAAGUUAUGGUGAAGAAAUAUCAUCUCGCCUUGUUUGUCAUGGUUUGGUAACAUCAAUAAUACUUCUUCGAGAAGAUUUUACAUUAAUAGAAGCUGUUGAAAAUGCAGCACAUGAACAAUGUCUUUAUGGAAUAAUUGCUAUGCCAAUGCAUGAAGAGCGACGUACUGCAUCUUUUCAUGUUCUUCAUGGACAAACAGAAGAACAUCGUAAUUUAACAUUAGAAGAUGGUUAUCAUAUAAUAUUAACAAAUUUUGCUUGUUAUAAAGAAAGUAUUCAAAAUGAAGAUAUAAAUCGAUAUGAUCAUGAAAAUGUUCAACCAAUUGUUUAUUCUCAAUCAAAAGAAAAAUUAAAAAUAUUUUUUAUUUUUUUAUCACCAAACAAUAAAGGCAUACCUUUGACUAUGAAUAACAAGAAUUAA